AAACAACUUAAUUCAUAUACUACUUGUAUGAUAGUCUCAUAAAUGGUACGUACUGUCAAUCACUCAUCUUAUAUAAAUAAUAAAUUUAACUCCAUAAAUGAUACAUACAAUAACUCUUCAUUUCCUAACCACUUUGGGACUACCUUCGAAAUCUUACAUCUACUCUUUUCUAUGAAUUAAUAAAGACUCGUUUAGGUUUGGAAUCAUAUAAAGACGAACUUGAAAAACAAAUACUUUGAUAACCCUUGGACAUAUUUGUCUUUCUAAAUUUGUUUUGAACAUGGAAGAAAAUACCGCGUAUAUUAAAAAAAAACACGUACUCGAUGCAAAUCUGGAUUUUUAAUAUAUUGUUUUCCUAAUUUUUUCACAUUUCUUCUCAUGUAUUGCAAUUUCCCUUGAGCAUGUUACACGAAUUUUGUUAAGUCUUUUUAUAAGAGUUUAGCGUCCUUAUUUUUAAUAAGAGUUUUGGUGUUUGAAUCUCACUCAUUGACUUUAGAAAUAACAAGCAUUUAUGAGAGUCUUAUUAUAAGAGUACAAAUCUUUUUAUACGAGAUUUUUAGUUUGAAAAAUAAGCAAACACAUGGCCAAAUCACAGCUUUAAAUUACUUUCAGCAGUUUAUUUGACAUUUCACAGUUACACUCUCGACCUAUCCCUCUCGCUCACACUCCCCUGAAACGACUUCAACCAGCGAGAACAAUGGUUUUAGUUAAUCUUCACACCGAUGGUCAACCAAUUAUCAUCAACAGACGCAUGUUGACCUGGUACUUACUACGCAUGAGAGAUCAAACAAGAAACCGACAAUCUCAACCGGUUCAAGAUCUGAAUCUCCUUGGUUUACCUUUACCGGGUAUUAACGGACUGGGUCAAGAGAAUGGCUUGCAGAACCACGAGCAGCAAAGAGAAGAAUGGGUGAUUUCAGUGAAAGGCAAGAUGGAGCAAGCACUUCGAGACGGUUCCACAACUAGUUGGGACAAACUCUGUAUUUAUAGAGUUCCACUUCACCUGCAAGAAAACGACAAGAAGUCCUACUUCCCUCAAACCGUCUCGCUAGGUCCGUACCAUCAUGGCAACAAACAUCUUCUGCCCAUGGAGUUUCACAAGUGGCGUGCAGUCAACAUGAUCAUGUCACGCACCGGGCAAGGCAUUGAAAUAUAUAUUGAUGCCAUGAAAGAGCUUGAGGAGAGGGCUCGUGCUUGCUACCAAGGGCCUAUUGCUUUAAGCGUUAAUGAGUUCACAGAAAUGCUUGUUCUUGAUGGCUGUUUUGUCCUAGAGCUCUUCAGGGGAACUGUGGAAGGAUUCCAGCCAAUCGGAUAUGCACGCAACGAUCCUGUUUUCGCCAUGCGGGGAUUGAUGCAUUCAAUUCAACGUGACAUGGUAAUGCUGGAAAAUCAACUACCUCUCUUCGUUCUAGACCGGUUAUUAGAGCUACAGCUUGGUACACUGAACCAAACCGGUUUAGUGGCACAAGUAGCCGUUAAGUUCUUUGAUCCACUAAUGCCAACAGGAGAGGCCUCUACCAGAUUGAACCCGUCAAAACUCAAGCCCUGGCUGGAAAGAUCCUUGAACUCACUUGGCGACAAUGGUGACUUGCACUGUCUAGAUGUUUUCCGUCGAAGCCUCCUCAAGUUUAGUUAUACACCGAAUCCGAGGUCUGAGGAGGAUCCGCUCCCGUUGAACCUGGUGGACAAGCGACAACAACAACUCGUACAUUGCGUCACGGAACUAAGAGAAGCUGGUGUUAAAUUCAAGACAAGGAAAACCGACAGGUUUUGGGAUAUCCGGUUCGAACAUGGUUGUCUAGAGAUACCCAAACUACUAAUCCACGACGGUACCAAAUCCCUCUUUUCGAAUCUUAUAGCUUUCGAACAAUGCCAUAUUGACUCGACCAAGGACAUAACAUCAUACAUAAUUUUCAUGGAUAAUCUAAUAAAUUCUUCUGAAGAUGUUAGCUACUUGCACUACUGUGGUAUCAUUGAACAUUGGCUAGGGAGUGAUGCUGAAGUUGCGGAUUUGUUCAACCGGCUAUGUCAGGAAGUGUUUUUCGAUCCCAAAGAUAGUUAUUUAUCUAAACUGUCUGAUGAGGUUAACUAUUACUAUAGCCGUAGGUGGAAUGCUUUGAAGGCUACUUUAAAACACAGGUACUUCAAUAACCCUUGGGCAUAUUUCUCAUUUUUCGCUGCAGUGAUCCUGCUAGUGCUCACAUUAGUCCAGAGCUUUUAUGCUGUUUAUGCUUAUUAUAAGCCACCUUCUUGACAUUCAUUGUCAUUUUAUUUUUUCAUUUCAGUUCUUGUUUUCCAAUAAGUUGUAUUUUCUUCUAUGAAAGAAAAAAAACAAAUUUAUGCUGUUUAUGCUUAUUAUAAGCCACCUUCUUGACAUUCAUUGUCAUUAUAUUUUUCAUUUCAGUUCUUGUUUUUCCAGGAAGUUGUAUUUUCUUCUAUGAAAGAAAAAAAAAUGAUGUUGUAACAUUUUUGAUUUUCAAUAAGUUUGUGUAAGAGAAACAGAUUAAACUGUUCGAUUUUGGAUUAUUUUUUUGUAAAACUAAUAGUGAAAAUUGUUCAAUCACAAGUACACAGAAAACAGUGAUUUACACUUGAAUCUUUACUAGAUGUACGGAUAGAACAAGAGAGAGAGAACAAAUUUUAAGAGAAAGUGAAACUGAUGGCUGAGUUUUGGAUCUCCAUAUAUCGUGUGAAAGGAAAUAUUUAUAAAACUAACGCACUUGGGUUCGAGGCAAACUGAUUUCUCUUUACUUGGACACUAGUUUGCAAGUCUGACCACUAUUUUGGUUGGUCAGUUUUUUCGAAUCACAUGAUGAUAUCUGCCCAUUUGUGUAUCGUACUCCACGUAGUGCCUCUUGAUUCGAAUAAAUUACACAAAUAAGAAUUUUUUUUCAACAACUUAUUAGUAUGUGUUGUUUUCGUAUGGUCAUGAACUUUAAGAAAAGUGUGACCGUGUCAAUAUCUCCCUAGAAUCUAUUAUAAGAACUUAUCAUUGCCCUAAUUCCUAAUGUGAUUUGAAUAUAUUAAUCGCCAGAUAUAACACAAAUUUAUUGGUCUUUUUAUAAUAGCACCUCCUCAUUUAUACGAGGAUGGUGAGGUCGUGCCAUGUGCCGAGUUUCCGAUCUUUACGAUUUAUUACAUCUUAAUUCCAUGAGGGGUUGUGCAUAAGAUAUUACAUCUAAUUUAUUACACAUCUUAAUUCGGUGAUGGGAAAGUCUUUGUAAAUAGGAUCACACCUUCUAGGAAUAAUGCAACAUGUAUAUUUCUUCUUCCAUUUGCUUUCCAAAUUCCGUGAACCACAUCUGGAUGCAUGGUCUGGAUGGAACGAAAUAGA